CCUAGACCCAGAACUUCAAUCCACCUGUUAGUAUUCAGAAUGUGUAUUCGAGCCACUACAUCUCUCGGUGGUACUGCAUCUAAUGUCAUUGUCGGUAAAGUAGCUCAUGGAUUGAUGACGAUGACAAAUGCACCCAAACCAGUCCCAGACGAACAGUGUUUUGAGGCCAUCAAGGCUGGCGUAGAUGCCCUUCCUCCUGGCACAAAGAUGUUCCUCAAUGGAGGGGAAUUCUACGGGCACAAUUUCUCGACCACGAACCUCGAGAUGAUCGCCCGGUUCUUCGAACAGUACCCCGACUACGUAGACAAGACUUUCUUGUCUAUCAAGGGAGGACUAAAACCUGGAGAGCGACUCCCAGAUGGCUCACCCGCCAACUUGAGACGAAGCGUCGAACUCAUUAACGAGAAGCUUCGCGGCACCAAGCGCCUCGAUUUGUUCCAGAGUGCACGUGUAGACCCCAAUGUCUCUUUGGAAGAAUCGAUCAGGACCCUUGUUGAACUCAAGCAAGAGGGUAAACUAGAUCAUAUUGGCAUGUCGGAAUGCAGCGCUGAAACCCUGCGGCGUGGUAAUGCUGUGCACCCCAUUGCUGCUGUUGAGAUUGAGGUCAGCCCAUGGGAAUACGGAGAGGAAGCCAAGAAAGGUACGUCAUCAGACAUAAUAUUCUGUAAUUUCUGUUGGAGUAGCUCAUCUUCAAUUUGGUCAGUCAUUGCAACUGCCGAAGAGCUAAAUAUUGCUGUUAUCGCAUACUCCCCGCUUGGUCAUGGGUUCUUGACCGGUCAAAUCAAGAGGCUUGAGGACAUUCCAGAGGGAGAUUUCCGCCGUUCACUGCCUCGUUUCCAGGAAGAUAACUUCAAACACAACUUUGCUAUUGUUGAUGCGUUGACCGCGAUUGCGAGGAGCAAGAACGUCACUUCUGCUCAACUCAGCAUCGCUUGGGUUGUAUCGUUGGGCAAGCAUGUCAUCCCUUUGCCCGGUUCCUCGCAUGCCGAGCGCACUCGAGAGAAUUGUGCUGCAGGAGAUAUCGAGUUAUCUACGGAAGACAUCACAGAAAUCAACAGUGUUAUCAAUGCUGCUGAUGUCAAGGGUGACAGGUAUGCCCAUCAGGCAUACCUCUGGGGUUAGGUGGUUUCUUGGCUCUACAUAUUUGGCGAGUCGGACCAGCCAAACUGUAUUUUUAUCUGACUUUAUGUAAAACAAACUUGAAAGUAACUUACUCAAGGUUCACGUAUGUGCCUUUGCUUCUGGGAAGAGGAAACCAUGUAUAAAAUUUGUGACUUGAUGUAUACGAAUGCAUUGAAAUUUCGAAAUACUUA